GCGGCCCCGCCCUCCACGGGGCGGGCGCGGCGGAAGUCGCGCGGCGAGGCCGGAAGUGCUGCCGCGAGGGGCUGGCGGAGCGGCGGGGCGGCCGCGGGCCGUAGAUAUUGCUAAUGGAUGAGUUGGUGCAUGACUUGGCCUCGGCCUUAGAGCAGACUUCAGAACAAAACAAGCUGGAUGAGCUAUGGGAAGAGAUGGCCCUAAGCCCGCGGCAGCAGCGGCGUCAGCUUCGCAAGAGACGGGGUCGUAAGCGACGCUCAGACUUCACGCAUCAGGCAGAGCAUGCCUGCUGCUACAGUGAGGCCUCGGAGUCAAGCUUGGAUGAAGCAAUGAAGGAUUGCCGUGAGGUGUUGACAGCCAAUUUCAGUGACUCUGAUGACAUGGCAGUGGUCAAACGACACCCAGCUCUCAGUGCCACCCUGAGGAGCAAGCAGCACUCAUGGCACGAGUCGGACUCCUUCACAGAGAAUGCGCCAUGUCGUCCGCUUCGGCGCCGCCGGAAGGUAAAACGCAUGACCUCGGAAGUGGCUGCCAGUCUCCAGCAAAAGCUUAGGGUGUCAGAGUGGAACUAUGAGAGGGGCUGCAGGUUCAAGUCAGCCAAGAAACAGCGUCUUUCACGCUGGAAGGAAAAUGCCCCUUGGACAACAUCCAGUCGUGGCCUUUGUGAAUCAGGAGAAAACAGGCCCUUCCUCAGCAAAGGGGGAAGGAAAGAGCGGAUGGAGUGUGAAGCUGAUGAACAGAAACAGGGCUCAGAUGAAAACAUGUCUGAAUGUGAAACCAGCAGUGUAUGCAGCAGCAGUGAUACUGGCCUUUUUACCAAUGAUGAGGGCCGCCAAGGAGAUGACGAGCAGAGUGAUUGGUUUUAUGAAGGAGAAUGUGUCCCAGGAUUCACUGUUCCCAGCUUUCUCCCCAAGUGGGGAGCUGACCACCGAUCUGAAGUGGAGCGGAUUGACUCAGGCCUGGACAAGCUCUCAGAUUCCACAUUCCUUUUGCCCUCGCGGCCAGCUCAGAGAGGGUUUCACGCUCGCCUCAAUCGCCUACCAGGAGCUGCUGCCCGUUGUCUCCGGAAAGGUCGGAGGAGGCUUGUUGGCAAGGAGACCUCCGUGAGCACUCUGGGCACCGAGAGGUUAGGUCAUAUUGUUAGUGACCCGCGCCAGAAAGAAAAGAACAAAGUGCCAGCCUCUGAUUUCCCCCACACUGUGGCCUGUGCACAUGAGUUCCAUCCAUUAUCUCCUCUGUAUUCUCUGGAUGUGCUUGCUGAUGCUUCCCACCGAAGAUGCUCACCAGCACACUGCACUGCCAGGCAAGCAAAUGUACAUCUGGGACCACCGUGCUCAAGGGAUAUCAAGAGGAAACGAAAGCCAGCUGCAGCCUCCAUUUCCAGCCCAACUUCAGCAACUUUAUCUGUCCACAUGGAUGCUGCAGACUCAGACCUACCAGCAACACUAUCCCUGAGAUCCCAGAGCUCUGAGUGGACAGGGAAAACACCAGCAGCUGAAAAAGCCAUUGUUGCUUCCUCCAGUAACUUUUUCAAAAUGCCACCAGAGAAGAGUCCUGGAUACAGCUAAAAGGAAGCAUUGCAACUCAUAAAAGCUUAUUGGAUUUUGCAAAUGUUGGACUCUGUAUGUCUCCACCAAACAUCUUGUUUGUCAGUAGCGAUAUCUUCAGUAUUGGUACGUGAUGCGUGCCAUCAUCCAGACUGAUGCCCCACAUACCUAAAUCAUGUUUGUGAAUCUGUGUUUAAAGAAAGGUAAUCAGUGGUGUUGGGACCGCAGUGGCUUUUUAAAAUGUUCUUGCUAUUGCUGUGAGUAUUUAUUAUGCAUUCAUCUCUUUCCCUGAUGCCAGCUCAUACAUGCUGGGUCAUGUACAGAGUCUUCUGGGUUUUUAGAUCUUGAUUUUAGGUCACCCCAUGGACAUGUUGCUUGUUUGCUGUAUGCAGUGUUUUUCAGGUGAAAGUCCUGCUGCAGCUACAAGGAGGCAAAAGUCUUCCCCCCACUCCUUUCUCAGGCCAUAGGAAUUCUUGGCUGGGGGAUGAGGAGGGAAUGCAAACGGGUUGAAACAUGGAACCUGAAUUCUGUAUUAGCUAAAUGUCAUCAGGCUGCAUGCUAAUGGAUUCGACUCAUGUUGCUUCUAGAGGAGCAAAUGUGAUGCUUGUCCAUUCGGGAGUUGCCAUUGGCUCACUGGCAGCAUGGCCCAUAACAGCUUUUCCUUCUCCUUUGUUCUGAGUGUCUUUAGUCUUGCUUGUGUAUUGCAUGUUCUUUCCUGAAUCUCCUACUAGAUAAGGAGUUGGGAGAACUACCUGGACAUAAAUGUGCAAGCUGGUGUCAUGGAGAGGAACUUGAGCCCUUGAAUAUCAUUGAAGUAUGAGAGGAGAUGCAAAGCUUCUAUUCCUCAGUGUAUAACUUCAAAAGUGACCAUCAGUGUAUCCCAGGACACUUGCUGUUGAAGUUGACAUACCACCAAACAAAAAAAGUUAAAAUAUCGCCUGAGUUCAGAACAUUCUGGGUACUGAUCAGACCACUUCUGUCUUAUGUUCUCCCUCCCUUCAAAAAGUGUUGUCCAGUUGUAUCUACUAGAGGUGUCUCUACUACUGAUGAUUAUGCUUCACCCUUCAGCAUACAUAGGAGAGUCUCUUCUCUCCACAAUGCCUCCCCUUGGCCUCUUGUUACCUUCUGUGUUGCAGAAUAUAUGGAAAGUGGUUUCUCCCCCUCUUCCUGAUCACACUCUCUUUAUUUUUCUUGAAUGACUCUGUCUGGGAGCUUAUAUUGGGCUACAUUUUAAAAAAAUAUUUACCUGCAUAGCAUGUGUCAAGGGGCCAGUGGCCUCACUGGUUCUUAAAUCUUUAAAAAAUAGGAGGUAUUUGUAUGCACAGAGCUCUUCUGCUUUCCUCCCUGGGUGGAGCUUUUGGACGGGAUCAUUUAAGCAUGUGAAAUUCACUUUGAAUGUGGAGGUAAAGUUAGCAGUCUUAAGUAGAUAACAGAUUUUCAUGUUUUUAGAGGUUUUGCAGUGCUCUGCUCUCACUUACUUACAAAUUAAGUAGCUGAGAGACAGAUUUGAUUGUGAGCAUAUAAGGCAGUGUUUUAUUUUUAAUUCUGUGUUAAAAUGUUAAGUGGCCAUAACAUACACAGAACAAAAAAUGAAUGACUCGGUGUAAAUCAUGAUUGACAAAUACAGUUAUAUAUUGCUGUCCAUGUCUGAUCCCCUAAUACCUACUUAUUCUUGGGGAGAGAUCCAAAUUGGAUUUACAUUUCGCAGCACAAGCAAACUGUCAGAUCUGCCCAUGUAAAUCCCUCUCAAAACAUUUUUUUUUGGGGGGGUGUGUGGGGGUGUGUGAGGGGAGGGGGUACAUUUUAGAACAGGCAAAUCCUUUUUACCUUGCUAAAGGAGUACAGAGGUCAGUUUGGAUUACAGGACAAGCUGUGAGGGCUUUAUGGAGAGAGGAAUAUUCCUGUUUUUAGUUAGUCAUUGAGUUGUUUUAUUUUCUACAGCGCUUGGCUCAUUGGUGCUUAAGAUGUAGUACCGGAAGUCUCAGCACUGGAGGGCCUGUAAUCUAGAACAUAAAAAGAGAAGGUAAACCUGAAGAAUAGUAGCUUGAUUGUCUCAUCCGUGCGAGCACACUGAAAGGACAGCAGGGGUUCUCCUGAUAACCUGCUGAUAAAUUUUAGGUUUGGAACCCUUGUAAUGAACUUGCAGGCUGUUUCACUGACAGGCAACAUCUUCCAUAACUUGGCUUGGUUUAACUAUUAAACGGGCUCAUUCAGAUUGCUAAGCAGUUAUUAGACUUUCUUAAGAAAGGUGUUUGGGCUAUUAGGGUAUCAGCAGCCUUCAUCUCACCCUUGGGAAGGGGGUCACCAGACUUCACAUAAUUUUUCUCUAAGGGCAGGGAAAGAUAGUUUAUCAGAUUUUGCUAUUGAGGUCAAUAGUACUGUUCAUCUGAUUAAGCCCUUGCUUAGGUUGUAAGCUCCUAGGAGGUCUUCCUUGCCUUUAAAGGUUGAACAUACCUGUGGUACUACUGAGGAGUAACUAUAGCAGGUCUUGUCUUUAUAAAUCAUACUUCCUGCUAUGGAAACUUCCUGGAAGUGCCAAGAGACUUGCAUUUUUUCAGCUGCCCUAUCUUUCCUAUUUCUAGUUUAGAAUCCAUUUACAGGUCAGCCAGGCUCUGGACCAAAUUUGAUUCUCCUGAGUGCCUGACAAGCUAAAUGAGUCACAUGUCAUGUCCUAUCUUGUUAUUCCAGGGGCAUUUAUCUAAAUUCUUCAGACUUCAGUAGGUUGAUUCAGAUUUAAAUAUUUGUAGCAUUCCUGUGAACUGAAUGCAUUGUUUUGUUUCUUUUCCUCUAAGGAAGGUUCUCUUUCCUUUCUCACCCUUAGCUAUGCAGCUGAUUUAACUUUUCUAUUUCUUGUCCUGCUCUCAUUGAGAUGAGUGGUACUUAUAUAAUGCAAUAAAGAGGAAGAGAUCUUUUUGCAUGAUAAAUACUACUUUGAGGGCUGCAGGAGAAGGCCUAAGUCUGAGAGCUGGAGUUAUGUUCCUUUAUGAGAACCACUAGGAUGGAAUCAAUUGUACCAGUGGAAUUCUUUUUAUCAGCAGUGUGACUUCCAGCUGGGAGUAAUGUAGGUCACUUUUUAUGCAUGUACAUACCUGUAUGAAUCAUCUUCAUUGAAAAGUAACUGCAUGCAUGCUGGAAUUCCUUCCAGCAACUUCUUGGUGGAAAAUAGCCUCUAUAAUAGGCAUAAUGCUUUCAGUUGGUCUUUAAGUCGAGUAGUAACAUGGAGAAAGAGGAAACUCAGUGUAGCCACUGAGAGCAGAGACGACUAUAGUUUGGAGGAAGUAAACGCAUUGCAGCUUGCAACUGUUCUUCUUGUGUUGGGGGGCAGAGGGUUAACUGGAUACAAUACUCCAGAUAUGAUCUCAAGAUUAUUGAAUAGAAGGAAUUAAUAACUUUCCUUGACUUGCUAGCUGUGCUUCUACUAAAGUAGUCCAGUAUGUAGUUAUUGCUGCAAAGGUACUCAGCUCACUCUUAUUCUACUUCUUGCCCACCAGGACCCCAAAGGGUUUUUUUUGUAGGUAUAUUUCUUAUCGACUUGGUCUUCAACCUACAGGGUUAGUCUGUUCCAGGUCCAAGAAUCUGCGUCUACCUUUGUUGAACUUCAUGAGGUUUCUGUCUGCUCAUUCUUCCAGCCUGUCAAGGUUCCUCCAAAUGGUUCUGCUACCCUCCAACAUAUCAGCUGCUCCCCCCAAUAUGCCAUCAUUUGUGAUCUUGUUGAGAGUAUAUUCUGUCCCCUUGUCCAGGUCAUUAAUGAAGAUAUUAAACAGUAUUGAUUCAGUAUUGACCUCUGAGGCAUGCCUCUUAAAACUGGCCACCAACUAGAUUUCAAACCCUUGAUCACUAUGCUUUAGGCCUGACAGACCUUGUAGUUCCUGCAUCCAGUCCAGAGCUUUCCAGUUUGACUACAAGGGUGCUGUGAGAGACUCAAAAACUGUGCUGAAAUCAAGAUAAAUGCCAUCCACUGCCCUCCAUUCAUCCACAGAGCCUGUCAUCUUGUCGUAGAAGGCAGGCAGGUUCACAGGCAUGAUUUCCUGUUGAUAACCCCAUGCUGGCUGUUCCCAGUCACCUUCUUGUCCUUCAUAUUUCUGGAAAUGGCUUCCAGGAGAACUUGCUCCAUAAUCAAGAGGUGCUGAGGUGAGGCAGACUAGUCUGUCAUUCCCCAGAUCCUCCUUGCCUUUUGAGUAGAUGAUACAGUUUUUUUUUCUUCCCCAAGUUAUUUGAGACCACCUGCAAUUGCCAUGGCUUCUCAAAGAUGAUAGACAUCAGUCUCAUAAUGGCAUCCUUUUGCAAACAGGGCUUCAUUUAUGUACAGGGAAAGGUGGACAUCCAGUGGAACAGAAAACAACAGAUGGGAGGAGCAUGUUUAGUAGUUGUUCUUUGCACAUUUCCAUUAGUUCCUAUGGGCUCUAGUGAAGCUUAGGGUCCAAUUUGAUAGGCACAGGAGAGGUGCAAAUAAAAAGAACAUAGUUUCUGGCCUGAAGGAUUUAUGAUUUUAAGAUAAGGUGCAAUAAAGAGUGAAGAAAGCAGGAAAACAGUAGUUGGAGAGAAACUCAUGAGAAGCUGGGACUAAUGCUACCGAAUGAUAGAUUAGCUUCAUGAUUGUGGUAUGCAGAAGUGUAUCUUGCCAGCAUUCCUGAACAGUGACAUUGAGAUGGUUAGUGCUGUCCUUCAAGCUGUAGAAGCUUAUGCUGUUCCUUUCUGGACAUUGCAGACAGCUGCUCCGAGGUGAAAAGGGAAACUGGUGGCACAGCAGCAAAAAAAGUGUGACUGUGCCUUUAUAUUUUGACCCCCUUCCCACUGAAGAAUGAGGAUGCUACAAAAAAAUAAUGUAUGUGCAUGAAAACCAAAAAGGAAUUACAUAAAGUGGAGAACUUUGACGUCUUGAGGAACAGCUGCCCUAUCUGGAGAACAUUUCAGUGAUGCAAUAAUGAAGGCUGCUACCAGCAAUUUAUUUAGAAAAUACAUUGUAUUAGACAAAAUAUAGGAGUCUAUCAAAGGUAGAGGACAGAUUCCUUCUAUUUUUACUGUGUUACUGCAUUAUUGUAUCUUUUAGCUGUGCAUUCUAAACCAGUUUAUCUGCUUGUUGUUGGAGACAUCCUGUUCUUGUACCGUAAAGUAUGGAAAAAUACUUUACAGUGAUGCUUCUUAGGGGAUAAAGCAUAAGGGGGCACUAGAUAAUCAUGUCUUGCCUCCUGUGUAGUAUGGGCCAUUACCUUUUACCCAACGCAAGGGUAGAACUCAGCAUUGAGAGAGAACAUGGUGUCUUAAUUUCACCAAAGCAUCUCGUUCUUUAAGAUACUACACUGUGCCAUAGGUAAGUUCAGGGAGACUAAACAGCGACUAGUGCCUGGAUACCCAUGCAUGGCUGGUCCUCAGGUGACACACAGACUCAUGUUGCAGAGACAGAGGGAAGCCUCAACCUCCUUCUCAACUUGAUUACAAAUAAAAUUCCUUCCCAACUGCAAGCCUUGCUGUUAGUGUGGCUCCAGCCAGUUCAGAAAGGUGGGGCUCCAAUCUGGCUUAUUAGAAAAAUAGAGUCCUUGUACCAGCUCAAAGCAUAGGUCAAAGUGGAAAGUAGAGACUAGUACAGCUUGUUAUAUCAAAGAAAAAACCCAAAUAAAAAAAAUACAUAUAUGUAAGAUAAUAGAAAAAAUACUGGCCCCUGCAGGUAUGACCCAGAAUAUUCAUUGUCUUAAAGUAGAACUGCCAGUAUUAUGAGGAUGAUCAGGGUUUUGCAAAGCUGUCCUGUUUUCCCUGUAACCUCUGAAAGAGUGGGAUGAACAACAUAAGAAAGGCUGUACUGGGUCAGACCAAAGGUCUUUCUGGCUCAGUAGUCUGUCUCUGACAGAGACCAGCAUUGAAUGCCUAGGGAGUAUUGUAAGAAAAAGGUAGUUAUAUGGCGAUACUUCUCUAUUACAUUCUCUUAACCCCAAUGUCCUGUGACUCAAAAAGAUUUAUAAAUUAAUUCUUCAAGGCUGGAGAGAACUUUUGUAAACACUUCAGCUAUAGUAUUUAUCCUGCAACUGGAUUUAAUCAUAUUUCUAGAAGGAGAUCUAAUCUGACUUCUAAAAACUUCAAACAAGAAUUAGCUCAUCUUCCUUGAUAAUCUGUUUUGUUAUGAGAUUAGCCUCUUUAUUAGAAAACCAUAUCUUCUCUCAAAAUAGAUUUCGCCUAACAUCACCAUCCAGCCAUUGUUGCUAUGCUUUUUUCCAGUAAGGUUGAAAAGUCCUAUUCUUUCUUUAUGAUUAGGCUUCUUUUUCCUGUAUAACUACCUAUACAGUCAGCAACUCCUGUGUAAUCCAGUAACCCAUAUAAGCCAUUUUGCAAAAGCUUCACAUUAUAAAGCUUGUCAUUCAACCUUUAGUUAUGUUACUGCAUGAAAGUCCCCAGUAUGCCACAUCCACCUGCACUUAUUUCUAGUGUCCACACUUACAGUAUUUACAGAAGAAAGAAUAAUUCCCUAUUGCUGUUUGAUCUUCACAUAAUAUAAACACCAUGUUAGCCCUUGCUGCCCUAACACUGCUAAAACAGUGCUGUAAACCUUGUGUUCAGACAGCUGAUUCAGAAUCUAACUGCUUUUGAAUGCACAGACUCCUAGAAUGUAAGUAUAAUCUUCAUUCUUUAUCCCAAAGUGCAUUGUGUUUCCUUUAGCUGUAUUACAGUGCAAUUUUGUACUGACAGUUCUUAUGAUUCAGAUCACUUCAGAGUUCCAACUGUUCAGUUUUGUCAGGAGAGAAUCAGCUUGAUUGUGUGGUAGGAAGUCCUUUAUGGGAGUGAAAAUACUAGGUAAUGAAGGGUCUCUAGUUUAGAGCAAAUGAGCAUAAAUAUGAUCUGAAAGCUAAAGUCAAAUUCAAGUUAGAAAUUGGGCAUCAGUUUUAAACCGUGAGGACUGAUUAACAGUUGGAAGUAUUGUGGGAAGUGGUAGCUUCUGUGCAUCUUCAGACUUUGAUUUGAAGACAUCAGUGCCUUUCUGGAAGAAAUGUUAUUGCCAAAUAUGAGCCACUGAAAUAAAUAGAGGCAUCUAAAAGAUAUUGAAUGGUCAGUUUUAUGGUGAAGGUCAGUCUGCAUGAAAUGAUAGUUGUUUCAGGUUUAGAACUGCAGAGGAAAAAGCAGACUGUUUUUCCAUUGUGUUAAGGAGGAGCUCUGUUGAAAAAUGGAGAUGUGUUGGCAAAUGGAAGAAAAAAAUCGUGAUGGUGGAAGUUCGAUGGUGUUAUCGAAAAGUUUGUCAUGAAAUUUGCAUGAGAAGGUGAGGCAAGAAAGAAUUUACCUGUGCAAACUGAAAUUAGGCAGUACUUCUGCAUGCUUGUUUAAUUCUGUGUAAUGAUAUUUGAUGGUGCAAUCUUCAGACAAACCAUGGUCACUCACUUGAAGGUCCUCCAUGGUGAGGAUUCCCCCAUUCUUACCAUGCUGGCUGUUAGCCACCAUGUGCACAUGUUGUCAUGUGCAUGCUCAGCUUGAGCAGCUGUCUUGGUUCCUUAGCUCAGGCAUAUGGACUGCCUGCACAUUGCGCUGGAACCAGAACAGGCAGGGGGAGUGGUAUCUGUGGGCUUAUUACCUGGACAGGACUCUUGCCAAAAAACUAUGUAACAUCUGUCUCUUACUCACUGUGGUGAUUGCUCCUGCUUCUCUCUCUCAUGACAUAAAGGCCUCCCUGUAGGAAUGCACCCAUGGUGGCCUGUAGCCUCUGCUAUGACGCAGAAGGAGCAGAUGGUAGGUUCCUCCCUGUGGAAGAGCUCUACUGCAUUCACCUAAGAGGAGAUGAUGUGACCACAGAGAGUGCUCUUCUCCUGGCAGUAUGUUCUCUAAUAUUAGAGAGCAAUGACCUUGGAAAGUUCAGCUUUAAAAUGCAUCAAACUGUAUCUCUUUGUUUCAAAAUAAAAGUAAAAUUUGCAUGAUGGAACAGUGCCAUAUUUGAGCUGUUGCUUCAAAUCUCAAGCCCUGUACAUUGACAUCUAGUGCUAGUGUUUGUUGCCUAGAAUACGGUGUAUGUGAGCCCUCACUGCUGGAAGCUCUUCUAAGAGUGCUGUGAACUGAGACUCAUCUGGGCUGACCUGAUCGCCUGGGCACCGCUGAAGCCUUGCAAUUUUCUCAAGUUUGGUAACACCAGCCAGUUAGCCAAAGCAACCAUUAGUUUCAUUCUAGGUUUUCCUUCUGUCCAGGCAGCUUAUCUAGAGAUAGCACAUGAACAGGUCUACUCUUGAAAAACUUUAAAGAGCCACACUGUACAUGUCACAAAUAUUUUAUGUGGUCCUAAGACUUAGGGUUUGAAUUCUGGAUUUAGGACUCUAUUUUUGGGGUAACUUGUAAGUAAGGAAGAUUCUUGCUUGUAUUCCUUUGUCUUAAACAUGUCAUGUAUUCUCUGAAUGAGGCUCUUGUAGAAUCUUUGUUCUGAAUAUAGAAACUGGAAAUAAAAGCAGUAUAUGAAAUAAGUGUUUUAUGUGAUGUAAACCAAACUGAACAGAGUGAGAGAGGGGAAGGUUCAGUGACAUCAAAGUGGAUUUAUGGUAUCGGAACAUCUAUAAUGUACAUGUUUCCUUGGCUGUUUCCUUAAAUUAAAUUGUAACCUGAAGGUCUACAGGGAGUUACUAUGCUUUUCUUCCUUUGAAUGCAAACUCCAGAGUGAAGGGUUUGAGGUGGUUUAUCAUGUCUAUUCUGUGUUUUUGCAGUGACCUUGUUUGUUUCCCAGUUUGUCAUGACUUCAUCUCUUGACUAUUGUGAUGCUCCCUGUUUGGAAUUUGAAACAAUUCCAGAGUUUCUCAAAUAACCUUUCACUUCAGAGUAACCUUUCAUUCAAGUCACCACUUUGGAUCUGCCCAGUUUCAAAAGGGACUUCCUUUAAGCAAGCAGGUCAGUCUUAAUUGACAUUUUAAUGGUUAUCUACUCAUUUUGCCAGCACUAACAUCCCUUUGCCUGAUUGGCAACAUUUUAACUGUGGAAGCAGUGGUUUCAAAGAUCAAAUGGGCAGUGGACUUGGAAUUUUCUCUUGUGUUUCUGUGUCUCAAAGUUGAUAGUAAUGCAUAUUUUUAAAAGGAGCAAAACAGAGCUCCCUCUGCAUUAGCUGUUCCCAGGGAUAAACUGUGCAAACAUAGACCCCAAGUUGAUCCAACACUUUUAAAUAAAAAGAUCAAGAUCCUUUGGAAA